AUGAACGACAAAGAUCCCCCGCCAUUUGGCUACACCUUCUCAAACGACUUCUUCGACAACGCACCCUCGGCAUAUGACAACAAUGGCCAGUCCAUACUCAGCGACAUGGAGAACCAGCAGCUCGACAACUUCUUCUCUUCGACCAAUCCCUUUGACAUUCUCGACUCGCAAGCCCUGCCACCCGCGCUCGACACCAAAGCGAGCGCACACGACUACAACAACUGGGAAGACUUUAUAGCCCCACCGACAGUCCAUCGGGUUACUAGUACUAUACCAGACCAAGCCCGGCUCCAGAACAACUUUCACCAAGAUCAGCAGUACGGACAUGCAAACUUCCUGGGCAAUACCGAGGAUGAGCUCCAGGCAGCCACCGCUCUCUUCAACCAGGCACAGCCGUCGUAUACGAAUGGCCGCUCGCAUAGCUUUCACGACCUGCCUAUUGCUUCCAACGGCUUCGCUGCAAAUAGUGCCCACAAUCUGAAUCUCGGUACGCUGCCCGUAGGGCCGCAACACGGGCUUUUACACGAGCGCUUGAGUUCGCUGGUUCCCAACCACAACACGCCAGGAAUGGACACACAUUUUGCACCGCAAUGGGCAACGAGCAAAGCGCCACAGCAUCAACAGACGGAAUUCGGCCCGCCGCUACAAAAGCUAGACUUGAAGAGGUCGUAUGCCUUUGGCACAGACAACUCCUUCGGUAGCCCAUCCGGUUACUCGGGACCGAACGGCCAUCCGAGCGAACAAGAUGCAGCAAGGGCAUCGAUACAUGAUCUGGAAGAAACCUCACACCACAUACUACGAGCCGUAGCAGGUAUCGAAGGGCCAAGUACAAGUCCUGCCGCAUAUACACACGCGCCACACGACGACGACGACGACGACGAGCCCUCCGAUGAUCCGCCAUCCGAAGACGAAGACGAAGACCGGCCGACGAAGAAGCGAAAAAAGAGCCAGGCCCGGAGCAGUAGGGACACACCGAAGAAGGCCGCGCGAAAUGGCAAAGCCCGGAAAGUGUCUGUAGCGGAAGAUAUUACGAAGAAGAAGCGGGCUCCUGCUGCGACACAGAAGACACAUCGCGAGAACCUCACCGAGGAACAGAAGCGAAGCAAUCACAUCCUGUCAGAGCAGAAGCGGAGGGAUUUGAUUAAGCAGGGGUAUAAGGAUCUGAAUGAGGUUGUGCCUGCUGUCAGGGGCGGUGGGUUAAGCAAGAGUCAGGUCCUUGUCGAGGCUGCGGCGUUUUUGGAGAAGUUGAUUGAGGACAAUAAUAAUUACCGCCGGGUAGUGGGCUGA